UCGACUGAAGCAGCUGAUAAUCAGGCUUUGGAUGUUCCAGGGACCGUUCUAGCCUUCUUAAGCCUGGAUUUUAAUCAGGGCCUUUUUUUAGAAGUUCAAAAACCGACGAAUAUAUGAGCAGUGUGCCCGGUCACCUCUCACAGUGACUGAUGGAGCUGUAUUUUUGUACCGAUCGCUGUUUAUUUUCGAUUCAACUGUAGGGCCGGUGUCCCUUGUGUUGGAGCAGCUCAACAAUGAAGGCCUAACAUCCAGAUCUGUGGGAUUUAAAGCUCUUCUCUGAUCUCGGACACGAGGAUCAAUACACUAACUCAGGCAUGGCUUCGCAGCUGCAGGUAUUCUCUCCUCCAUCUGUGUCUUCCAGUGCCUUCUGCAGGGUGAAAAAAAUGAAAGUGGAGAGCUGUGCUUGGGAUGCUUCCAAUGAAGCGUACAGUUCCGUGGGCCAGGCGUACAGCUUCAACCCCGCAGCGGGCCUCCCUUUUGGCAACUCCGGCCUGGUCUUUCCCCCUGCGUCUCGGGGGCAGGUGGUGGUCCGUGCAGCAGAUAGCACUGGGAGCCUCGCGCGUGGUUCCAGCCGAAAAGCCUCCCACAACAACCACCACUUGGAAUCCCACUCCACCCGCACACACAGGUAUGGCGUGAAGCGGAAGAACGAGGAGGUGGAGAGUUCCGGAGGUGGGGGCAGCGGUAGCGGCAGCGUUCAGAUUCUGGAGGAGCUCUCUGCGCCUGCCUUCUCCGCCCGCACAGGAGGAGCUGGAACUACAGCCCAGUCCAUCCCCCACUCUGCACCCACCACCAAGAGCAGCAGUUCCAAUGGGGAGGGGGACUACCAGCUGGUCCAACACGAGAUCCUAUGCUCCGUUUCCAACAGCUAUGAAGUUCUUGAGUUUCUCGGUCGGGGAACAUUCGGGCAGGUGGCCAAGUGCUGGAAAAGAGGCACCAGUGAGAUUGUGGCCAUAAAAAUUUUGAAGAACCAUCCUUCAUAUGCACGUCAGGGACAGAUUGAGGUGAGCAUAUUGAACCGACUCAGUGCGGAAAAUGCUGACGAGUUCAACUUCGUUCGCUCUUACGAGUGUUUCCAGCACAAGGGCCACACAUGCUUGGUGUUUGAGAUGCUGGAGCAGAACCUGUAUGACUUCCUAAAGCACAGCAAGUUCAGCCCACUGCCCCUGCGUCACAUCCGUCCCAUCCUGCAGCAGGUGGCCACGGCCCUGAUGAAGCUCAAGAGCCUGGGGCUUAUUCAUGCUGACCUAAAGCCUGAGAACAUUAUGCUGGUGGACCCUAUCAGACAGCCCUAUAGGGUGAAGGUCAUUGACUUUGGAUCGGCCAGUCACGUCUCUAAAGCUGUCUGCUCUACUUACCUCCAGUCUCGCUACUAUAGAGCUCCUGAGAUCAUCCUGGGUCUGCCAUUCUGUGAAGCCAUUGACAUGUGGUCGCUGGGUUGUGUCAUCGCAGAACUCUUUUUGGGUUGGCCUUUGUAUCCAGGAGCUUCGGAAUAUGACCAGAUUCGGUACAUUUCUCAGACACAGGGUUUGCCUCCGGAGUAUCUAUUGAGCGCUGGUACAAAGACCAGCCGCUUCUUCAACAGAGGACCAGACUCCAGCUAUCCGUUGUGGAGGUUAAAGACUCCAUCUGAGCAUGAAGCUGAAAUGGGCAUCAAGUCCAAAGAAGCCAGAAAGUACAUCUUCAACUGUUUAGAUGACAUGAUGCAGGUCAAUCUGCCCAGUCACUUAGAAGGGGCGGAUUUGUUGGCGGAGAAGGCAGACCGACGGGAACUGAUUGACCUGCUGAAGAGGAUGUUGAGGCUGGACGCUGAUAAAAGAAUCACACCCACAAAGACCCUGGCACACCCGUUUGUGACAAUGAGCCACUUGCUGAACUUCCCACACAGCUCGCAUGUGAAGUCGUGCUUCCAGAACAUGGAUAUCUGCAAGAGAAGAAACAAUAACUAUGAUAGUGGGAAGGCCCUGUUUGCUGCUAAUGCUGUUCCUGGAACAGCAGGAAAUCUGACUGUGACUUUCAGCAGCCAACUCAACCAGCACAGCCAGGUUCCAUCGGCUGGUGGAGCUGUACCUCUUCUUAAUUACCAGCCAGCGCUGUACCAGCAGGCUACCAUAAACAUCCCUGGUCUGACCCAACCCAGCAUUCCACUACAGACGCGUCCCACUCAACUGUGCGCUCAGACAGAACCUUUCCAGCAGACCCUCAUCGUUUGCCCACCAACCACUAUCCAAGGGCUUCCAUCAUCGAGUAAAACAUCUAGCUAUCCUGUCAGAAUGGAGAAUGGAGUUCCUGUUGUCCAGCAGAACCAGUCCACACAACCUCUUCAGAUUCAACCGAGCAUGCUAACACAGGGCUCCUGCACGCCUCUGAUGGUGGCCACGCUACACCCCCACACAGCGGGAGUGGCAUCCCAGUACCCGCUACCCCUGGCACUGGGCUGUGGGGCAGGAAGGCCUGCCCUACUGGAGCAGACAGCCACAGUGCUGCAGGCCUGGCCAGGCACCCAACAGAUCCUCAUACCCUCUGCGUGGCAACAGGUACCUGGUAUAAUCCACAACUCCAGUCACCAGUCUGUAGUGACUGAAUCACCUUUGGAGGCCCUUCUGUCUGAAAGCUCGACACAGCAAACAUCACGCUGGAGGGCAUCCCAAAGCAGUCAACACAAUGGUGUACUCCAGCAGAACCCACACAUACUGGGCGGCCUAGGUUCCACUCAGACCCUUAGUCGAGGAACAUCUGCAGUCUCCCGAUCCCAGAACAAGAGGAGCAGGGUCUGUGGUAGCAGUGCUUUGGUGGGCUCCCAAUUGUACAGUGCUGCCAUCAUUCAGCCCAUCAUUAUCUCUGACACUCCCAGCCCUGCUGUCAGUGUCAUCACCAUACACAGUGACUCAGAUGAGGAGGAUGAACGGAAGUUCCACCCUGUUAGCUGUGGCCCCAGCCAGAGAACUAAUGUGAUCAGCUGUGUGACAGUCCAUGAUUCAGACUCCUCCACUGCCAGUCCUUUGACUCCCAAGAUCCAGAAAAGUCACAUGGGGGUCCAGAACUCACGUCUGGCUAAAUCCCUGGCAGUGGUGGCUCCAUCUGUGAAAACACAGCUCGGAGAAAGCUCUGAAUCGGCCAAAGUCCCAUUGGCCAUAGCCCUUCCUCAAAAUUACUACAUAAAGCCUAAGAGAGCUGCCACAAGACAGCUCAGCAACUCGGGGGAGAGUGUCACUGACUACCAACAGGAGCCCAGCAGAUCUCAACCGCUCAACCUCAGUCAGACCACUGUCUCCUCAUCCCAAGAAACAACCAGCGGCUCGUCCUCCCUGCGUCGACAGCACACGUACCCACCUGCGUCCUCCCAUUACUGUCUCCAGGAGGUGCCCUCGUUCACCAGCACCCCCAGCCUUUACACAUAUCCUGUCCCUGGGACCCUUGGCUCUGCCUCCCACAUAGAGCACCUACUCGUCCAGGGCUCCUCCCCCUCCAUACACAUCCCACCCACUAGUCACUAUGCAGCCAGUCUUAUCCCAAAGGACUCCAUAGGGGGCGUGGUCCACGGACUCUCCACCCACUACCAGCAACAUUACCCUGCCCAUCCAUAUGUAAGCACGAGCACCAGCACCACUAGAGGAAGCGGGGCGUAUAACAGCUAUCAGCUCAGCCCUAGAAGGAUCACUCAGUAUCCAUACAUAUGAGACACAAAGAAUGAUGUCACGUAGGACCACGUCUUCAAAUUUGACGACCGAUAGACCUGCCAUCAACUGCUGCAACUGGUUUUAGCUUUUAUCCUAUUUAUGUUAACUGUUUUAGAAUGUUGUUGUUUUUUUUUUUUAAUGUUAUAAUUCAGAACUAUUAUAUUUUGCAAUUUUUAAGUUGCAUCUGUAUACUGAUAAGUCCAGUGUAUGGUUAGCUCCAUUUAUUUUCUUAGCUCAAGGAACGCUGAUGUGUUUUUAAUUUGUAAGCAAUAGCAAAAUAAUGCUGACAUAAAGGAACAGGGAUUGUGAUCUAGUAUAUUGUCUGUUCAACUAAAAUCCUUACACUAAUCCUUUAACCUGUUUUAUACUCCGAUUUGUUUUUAGAUUCAAUGUUGUGGGGUUUUUUGUUGUUGCUGUUGUAGGAUCUCUUCUAUUUUAAAUUAAGUUUGAUUGUGAAGCUGACUGGAUUUCAACCACUUUACUGGAUGGUCAAGUCUUGACAAAGAGAUGUGAAAAGGAAAAAAAAAAUGUGUACUGUGCCCUCAUUGUAUUGUUAUUUAAGUUAGAAAUAUAUGUUAGUUAAAUCAAAGGCCUGGUAGAAAUGUAGAGUGUAUGUUCUGGGGAAUAUUGACGGAAAUAAGGAGUUACACCAUUUUCCUGAUUUGUUUGCGCUAGAAUUGUUUAAUCGUGUUAAAAUCCAUAAAUUCCCAACGAAGAAAGGGGGAUAGAUAUAUACCUGAAGAGCUGGGAUUUCAAAGCCAGUAAAAAUGUGAUGUUUUGUGUUGCUAUAGUCAAUAACUCUCCUAGGAAAUCAUAAUUGCACACUCGAUUUUCUGAAAUUCUGCUUGUGUGGUUUGUGUGCAGCAUUUAAGAGUAGUCUGCUUUUCAAACUAGAGUACACCAAAAAUGAACUGUCCAUAACAACAGGUCGAUGAUUUUCAGUAACAUUUCGAUCUUGGAUAUUUGGAUGACAGCUGUGGUAUCAAUGAGGGGCAGUUGACAUAAUGUGAUCUCUGAAUGGAUCUUUGAAAUUCUGCUCAAAAUGACACUGUGAUCUGACCUCCAUGGUCUUUCAUGUUUUAGUCUCAAUAACAUGAUGUGCCUUGACAUUCACCUGAUCAUGUGUUGGCAGUGUUUUUGAGUUCAGAAAUCAUUUAGCAUCAACGAGAAAGUACUAUAAACUUUUUGUAAUGUCAAAACAACAGAAAAACCCAUUGUAAUGCCAUCAAAUAAACACAACUCAAAAAA